AUGAGCAAAAUCACAAGUCCUUCCACCUCUGAGCGCCUCGGCCAACUCCAUUCUUCUCGGACUUUAUUGACCAUGAACAUGAGCAAGAUCACACGUCCACCUACCUUUGAGCGCCUCGGCCAACUCCCGCCUGAAGUUCGAAGUAUGGUCUUCGAGUACAUGAUUCGACAUCAGAGUCGGGAGCACGACCUUGUCCUCAAUACCCACCAAGUCAGAUGCCACCUCGCUACCUCACCUUGGAUCACACGCAACAAACAGUAUUGUGCCGAGUACCUGCGAACUUUCCUCAAGCAAGUCGAGUUGAGGGCGGAUAUAUCAAACGAGAUGUGGGAUUUACAAGCACCAAAACGCGGCGCAAUCAGCGAAAUCAACCAUUGCUUGAAAAUAAUCGAAGCCCGCCUUAGAGUCUGCGAUACUCAUUUUGAUCCCAAAGAUCCCACCGACGGCAUUGGCAACUACAUGAGAGGAUUGAGUCUUUCGCUCUUUUCGCUCGACGGCGUAAUCCUCGACGCGGGUUACAAUAUGGCACAAGAAGAUCUCUGGUUUGUUGAGCGCAUCAUCACAACACCUCUCGAACAGAUGAGGAGACUUCAUGAGAAACACAACAUCCCAGCCCACAAGCUCUACGUUCGCAUCAAGUACGACAAGCUUGGCACGGCUUUUGCAGGAUUCCUCUACCGACAACAGGAACCCAUUGAUAACUACGACUCUUUACGUCCCGUUCAAGCUAGGAUAUAUGUGGCUGAUCACGAUGCAUCGGUGGCUUCCAUCGAUGAAGGACUUCGCACGACGAGAAGGAAACUCGUAGAGAGGUUGAAGGAGACUCUCCACCGCUUCCCAUUGCCCGACCCACGACUCGGUGAUAUGUCUACGCUGGAGACGAGGAUUGAGGAAGAGAUGGUAAAGAUCAGAGAGUCUCAUGUGAUGACUAGCGAAACAAUCACCCGGUUGUGGAAAGCACAAUCUAUGACUCCUUGA